AUGCCCCAGAGUAAGAGGAUGAUCAAGCACCGCUUAGGGGGAUUAUCCAAGUCCUAUGGGAAUCGAAUUGAUCCUGAAAAAUCUGAAGAACUCAAAAGAACCAAAUCAGGUGCAGACAUUGACAACAACCUCACAAGAAUCCUGAAGCUUAUUAAGAACGAAGACCAAAGCAAAAAAGACGGGAACUUCAGGAAAGAUAUAGAACUUGUGGGACUAAUUGAGGACUUCUACAAUCAGUACCAGUCACUGUAUGCACUGCAUGGUCGUCUCACCGGAGAGUAUGUGAAAGUAGUUCCACGCAGAGCAGACAGUGUGCCUUCAGUGUCUUCCUCCAGCUCAGAAUCGGAGUACUUUUCCUCAGAGGAAGUAGAUGCUAACACGGAGGUUAAUGCCAAUACACAUCAUGUUCUCAAGACUUUUGCACCAACCGAGGCAAAGGAGUUUGAGGAGCAAUUAAACACUCAAACGAAAAAACUUAAGAGCUUGAACCAGCAGAAGAGGAAUCUUGAACUUCAAGUUGAAAGCCAAGCACAUCAAGUUAAAAGCCAAGCACAUCAAGUUAAACAGUUAAGUGCAAAUAAUACUGAGCUGCAAGCCCGAGUCUUGGAGCUUGAACUGUUGUUGAAAGAGAGCAAAGGAGCAGUGUCUAUCUUACAUGCAAAACUCAAAAACAACGAGUAUCAGGCAACUUCCAAAAUUGCAGAAUUGAUGGCACGAAUAAACAGGCUCGAACAGGAGGCCAAAUCUUUGCGGACCCAAAAAGGAAAAAUGGAAGAAAAGAUAAGACGCAAUAGAAAUGAAGCAUUAAGCCAAAAGAAUGACUUCACAGACCAGCUUAAUGUCAUGCAACAAGACUUAGAUUCCGUGUGCAACAAGAACAAAGAAUUAGAAGCUCUGUUGAGAAGCGAAAGGGAAAAGGUUCGGAUAGAAAACUUGCAGGAGAGUUUAGCUGAAACGAGUUCAGUUGAACAGAAUCUGCUAAAAGAGAGAGAGUGUUUUCUUUCGAGUUUAAAGGACCUGGAACUGGAAGUGGAAUCUCGAUGCAGCAAACAAAACGAUUUGGAAGAGCAGUUAAGAGAUACAAGUUCUGAGUUUAAUCGAUUAGCAGAUGAAGGAAAGGCCCUGCAGGAUAGAAAUCAUGAACUAGAAAGAGCAAUGACAGAGAGAGAGGAAGAGCUUUGUGCUCUUUUGAGGGAACACGAGAAGUGUAAAAAUGAAGCUUCUGAACAUGCUAUGACUUUAACAGCUGAAGUUGAACAUCUGAGAAAGGAGUUAGACACUUUGAAGGAACAGAAAAGCAAGUUGGAGUUACUCAAUGAACGAAGGCAUAAGGAAAAUUCAGAAAGCCUAGCCAAGAUGGAAAAUUAUAAGGUCAAGUUAGAAACCCAGGUUGCGGAUCAGGAGAAAACGAUAAAGAAGCUAUCAGAAACCAUUGAUCAAACACGUGAAGAGAAUAAACAAGCCAAAGUUUGGUCAAAGAAGUUCAAGUUGAAUCAACAAUCAGCGGAAAAGAAAAUGGAAGAAUUGGCAGGAAUGUUCCGGAAGGAAAUGGAAGACAAUAUCCGCAUGUUGCACCAGAGGAUCCAUGUAGCAGAACAGCUGGACAAUGAAAACAAAGUUAGUUACAAAAUGGCAAAGCAAAGGUACGAACAAGAAAACAAAAUGCUUGGAGAGAAAAUUGCUAGUUAUGAAGAUCAAGUAAGGACACUUGAACAACUGAAAGGGACACCCUUGCAAAUAGAGGUUUAUUUAAAUGAGUUAGAUUUGGUUGCUGAGAAGAAGGUUGAGGAACAUAGAGAGUAUGUCAUAGGCCUUGUCUCUAAAAUGUUGGGUGAGGUUCAGUUUGCGAAGGAUUGGGUAAAGAAAAGAAAUGGAGAGAUGAAAGAACUGAAAGACAAGGUGGAUAGCCUUACAGCAUUAGUGGGUGAGAAAGAAGAGCAAGAAUUGUUGUUGAGAGAGAAGGUGUGGAAAAUAGAAGCCAUUUUGAGCAAGGAAGGAGGGGAGAAACUGAACCUAAUAAAAGAAGUGAGCAAGCUUGAAAGGAAAGUGAGGAAAUUGGAAAAGAAUCUCAAGGAGAAGGAUGAGGAAUUGGUUGGCCUUGCGGAAAAGAAGAGGGAAGCAAUAAGACAGCUUUGUUUUCUGAUUGAGUUUCAUCGUGGUCGUUGUAUCUAUCUAGAGGGUUUCAUCUCUAAGACCAGGCUCAGUAACACGAAAUGA